GCAGCAGGAGGAUUCUGGUGGAAUUACAUGGAGAGUAAAGAGCUUGAUGGCAGGUGGAGGGCCACGCUUUCACGCUGAAGUUUGCUGAAACUAAGCAGGCUUCACCUUUGUGGAUUAUCAGUCCUGAAGGAGGAUUUCAGGGGAUUCGAGCUUCCUGGAUUAAAAAAAAAAUUCUCUUCAGCAAAGGAUGUAGAGACUCGGAAUUCAAUGUGAAAGCGAGAACGACGAGAAAAUCAACUGAGCUGAUAAAGUUUGAGCAAAUAACCUGAGAUAUCCUCUGAGGGAGCAGCAGUUUCUGAGUCCUGGCCAACAAGAUAUUAAGAAGAGGAGACUAACAAUUCAAACACACCAGAAUUUUGGUCUGUAAAUAUGAUCCAACAAGCUGCAAGACGUGUCUUUAAUUUGACCUCUACUGCUUAAAGAAAAGAGAUUUUCAGGGAGUUUUCGGUUUCUCUCCGUCUCAUUUUGCAGUUUUUCUUUGAACACAUUUGUUGAAUAUCUUUCCUCUUUUCUCUGCAUGCACAGUUUACAUCCGGCCCCCUGCAGCGAGCUCUGACAGGACAAGGAUCGAGCUUUGUGAAGCAGGUGUUGAUGACAGAUAGCAGCUGCACAGAGGCAGAGAAGACUCAUAAAGCAGAUAAGUCAUGUUCAGUGACAGCAGCAGCAGCAGGUGAUACAGCCAUAGUGUCUGUCUGUCAUCGAUCUGCAGGCUCGGUCCGUCUGAACGACAGUCUGUGGGCGGCCCGGGGAGCCUGUGAGCUCUGCAGAGCCGCAGCAUUACCAGUUAAAAGUGAUUUCAUCAUCCAGGUCGGCUAUGACAGUGAAUUCAGCACAGCCUGUCAGACAAUAGCUGAAUAUCAGAUGAACACCAGCUCAGAGUUUAUCUUUAAAGCAACAAGAAAAACCUCUGAGGUUUCAAAUGUCAAAAAUAAGACAAGACAAAUAAGCACAGCGGUUGAUAAGAAGGAAAAAUUGUCCAAAAGUAAUAAAGAGAAUUCUGAGGUUCCAGAAAACAAGCUGGAAAUAAAAGCCAGAUUCUUUACUACUGAGAUAUAAAGUCAAAUCAACGUAUGAAAGCAGAAACAACACGUUUAUUCAAGCUGAAUGUUGCAUCUACCAACAUAAAUCUGAAAGCACAAAACCUAAUUUGCAACUUUCUACACUUUUUAAAGAAACACACCAGGAACUGUGAGGAUUUUUUGGGGGGUUAAAUUAAAAAACUAAAGCAACUGAAACUUCUCCAGAGACACAGAGAGCCCAAACAGCACAACAAGUCUGUUUCUAAUGAGCAGACAUCCAGGUGCUAAUAUUUAAUAAACAUUUUGUCAGAAACACAAAGCACAAACUCUUCUUAUGUCUCUGUUGGCUCAGGAUUUAAUAGAUGAGCAGGUUGAUUAUAAAACCACAAUUCAAGCACAAAUGAUGACAAAUCUUCAAUCAGUUGAUGUCUUUGUGAGGUAGAUAUGUCUGUGCAGUGAACACCAGCUGCUUAAAUUAUUACAGAAAUAUUCAGGUGCUGAAAGGUGCGUUUUUAUAUGAUUUCAUAUGAUUUCAAAGACUCUUUGUAUAAAUCAAAGCACAAACCAACACUAACAAUAAUAACACAAGUACACACCGUUUACACUGGUUUAAUAAACCAUUUUAUUCAUCUUUAUUAUCAGUUCAGGGUCUUUAAAGCAGAGCAGGAAGUUAUUACUAACAUUGAUCUGUUCAAUCAGUUAUUGAGGCGACUCAAUAUUUGAAUAUUUUACUUUAAAUCAGUGAUAAUGCUCAGAGCGUCUCCUGAUCCAUAAAUCUAACUGUUGAGACUUCUCUGUUACUCAUAUUUGAUAUUUCAGAUGAGAAUGGGUUUGCUGUGGAUCUCCUCAUGUCAGUUUUUGGAGAAAGAAAGUGGUUUUAAUCACUCGCUGAUGUUCAGAUGAAUUAUUAAGCUGAAGAGAAAACUACUGGAAGUCUUUCUUCUUCUUCAUGUCUUAUUAAUCGUCAGUGGCCUCAUUUCCACUGCGGCUCAAACAAACCUCAGGAGACAGAAACUAAACAUCUGGCUGACGACAUGUCACGCUGAAGCGUUUUGUACAGAUUUGUGAGACAUCAGAGCGUUAGAAUAAAAAACACCACAGUUGGUUUAUUUAAGAUUUAACCUGAUUUAUACACACUGAGGAAGAACAACAAACUGUUUAUAUUUUACUUGCAUUUUGCAGGAAUUUGCAGGAAUCAUUUAACAACUCAAAUAGAAAUAAUAAAAACUCAGAUUUCCUGCACUGACUGAGCAAGGGACUGAGAAGGUGUCACUUUUAGUGGAAACAGAAGGCGAGAGCACAAAGAUUUUACACUUUUCUUUCAUUAAUUAAAUUUUGUUUGGCCAUCUGAGCUGCACUAUGCAGGGAGACAUUUUAAAAGCACCAAAAAGUGGAUUUAUUUGGUUUUAUCCAUCACUUACCGAAUGCAUAUAAAACUAAGAAACUAAAAGGUUAAGUUUGGUGAUAAAAUCUUCUUUCUUUUGCUGCAAACUUCCAACAAACCGUCCAAUCCUUUGGACUUCAAAACAACUUCAUGAUGUGUGUGUUAGUGUAAACACACACUUACACACACUGCACACAGAAAGGUCAGUGUGAACCGUGUUGGUGGAACUUAAUCAAACACACCUUCCACCUCUCCAGAGACCUCCUCCUCCUGCUUCAUCCCUCCUUCAGCAGGAGCAGGAAUUUAUUUCUACAUUUCAACAAUUUGAGCACAAAUUCUCCCCCCUCUCACUCCCCCUCCCCUGCAGGGCUGAAACAAUCUGCCGCACAUGAAUAAAAAUUAAUUUUUCACCGUGAUGAAAAGACGCAGCAUCUCGCCUCCUCGCUGCCCGCGGGACGGCAGAUAAAAGCUGUUUACUGCGAGGAGAAAACAAGAGAAAGAGGCUGAACGAUGUCCUCCUCCUCCUCUCAUCAUUGUUCCCUCGUUCAGAAACACAGAGGUGGGCCUCCCUUCUGUCUGCACGCUGACAGGAAGUGAACUCAGCUCCACUCCCAGCUGGGUUUUUAUCACAAGUGAGACUUUUCUACGCAGAGAUUUUAAUGAACUAAAUGAAGCACAUUUGGGGGAUUUUGAGACAAAGUGGAUUCAUUUUUUGUGGGACAUUGUCUUUUUCUGAGGAACCUACACCAGCUCACUUUGGUGCAUAUUUGCAAUAAAACGCUAAAAUUCACUUUUAGAAGAAUCACUGACGCUGCACAGAUAAUCCUGGACGUCCAAAUCUGACAGGAACGUCUAAAUGAGCUGAUUUUUCAGAGGAUUUACAGUUAAUAUUAAGCAUGACUCUUCCUACAUAAAGGAGCUACGUCGACACUUCAUUUUGCCUAAAAAACCUGGUGUGAAAUCAGCUUUUUAAAGGGUUGAACAGAGGAAAGAACAGACCCACCUGAGGACGUCAGAUCUGGAGGGUGGAGGUCAGAGGACGGGCUGGAUUAUCAAAACGCUCGGUGAGGGACCUGCAGAGACAGAGGACAGAAGACACGGAGAUUAAAAGAAGAAAGCGGAGACACAGACUGCAUCAUGGGCUGCAACAUGUGUGUGGUGAAGCGUCCGGAGGAGCAGUACAGGAUCAUGUUCCAGCAGAAAGGCUGGAGUGAGUCCCUGCGGCCGAUGGACAGACAUGGAAACGUAAAGGUCCGAGGACGGAGACCCUCUCAGCUCCCCCUGGACAGACCACAGAACUCCCAGGAGCCUUUGCAGCAGCCGGGCUCAGUCCGUAAGAGCCACAGGAGAAAAGGUACGUUGGUGUGCAGUGGUAACGGGACAGGCAGCAGCUCCAUCUACUCUGUUGCCAUGGUAGCGAUCCCUGACUGUGUGGACAACGCCACGCAGACGGACAUCAGCUUCCAGAACAUCGUGCCGCUGGGAAAGACCAGAGGUCAUCACCACCACCACCACGGCCGAGGGGGCGGCUCCUCCUCCCCUCCACCCCCUCCUCCCUCCCCUCCCCUCCCUCACCUCGUGGAGCCGUACGGGAUCAAUGAGUUCUGUGUGUUUGAGUACAACGACCCCGACGACUACUUUGACGUCUCCAACCACGAGGUGGACAGACAGGACGAUCUGGAGUACGAGGAGGUGGAGCUGUACAAAUCCAGCCAGCAGGAGAAGCUGGGACUGACGGUCUGCUACAGGACAGACGACGAGGAGGAUCUGGGGAUUUAUGUCGGAGAGGUUAAUCCAAACAGCAUCGCAGCCAAGAAUGGACGCAUCAGAGAGGGAGACAGGAUCCUGCAGAUUAACGGAGUGGAUAUUCAGAACAGAGAGGAGGCUGUGGCCAUUUUGACAAGAGAGGACAGCAUCAACUUCUCCCUGCUGCUGGCCCGGCCGGACAUCGAGAAUGAGAACCCUGCUGGGGCAGAGGAGGACAUGGAGCUAACUCUGGAAGGGGGAGGCUUCCACCCAAACCCUCGAGCCUCCUCCUGCUCCCUCACCCCUGCACACCCCCCCGGAUAUUACCGCCUCUGUCGAGGAGGAGCAGGAGGAGGAGGAGGAGGCCUGGCCUGCCCAGGGGGAGCAGGAGGCCCAGACGAUGCAGGGGGCGAUGUGGGCAUGGAGGAGGAGGAGGAGGAGGAUGGGGAGGAAGGAGAGAGAGGAGAUCCUGAGGACAGGGACCCCCCCGUCCCCCUCCCCCCCCUGCUCAGCCUGGCUCCUCUGCUGUCCAACAGCCAGGAGCUGGACAGCGGUGUGGGCCGGACCGACGACAGCACCCGCUACGAGGAGUCAUCAGAACACGACCUGCUGGGGGACCAGACCAGCGCCCCCAACACCAACACCACCAACACGCCCGGCAGCACCCGCAAAUUCAGGCCGGGACCCAGCCCCAGACCUAGUCCCAGACCCAGCCCCGGCCUCGGCCCCAGCCCCGGCCACACCACCCCUCCUUUCCUGCACCUGCGAGACCUCCAGCUCAGCUCAGACUCCCUCCCCGGCCUGGACUGGACCACUGGAGGUGGACCAGGAGGAGCCGCCUACAGCCCCCACCACCACCACCACCACCACCACAAGCACUACCACCACCACCUCUACCAGCCGGCGCUGACCAUGAUGAUGCCGGGCCUGACGGAGGAAGAGUGCCAGCGCUACCAGGAGCUGCUGGAGAUCAAGUGCCAGUACGAGAAGCAGAUGGAGAGACGGCAGCGAGAAGCGGUGAAGAGAAGUGAACGAGAGGAGGCGGAGGUGAAGGACCCGGAGGAGAGGACAGAGGAGGAGGAGCAGGAGGUUUCUUCUCCUCCUCCGGCGGUGGUGGACGUGAACUGCAACGCUACGCUGAGCGAGCACGAGAUGGCGCUGAUCGAGGAGGAGCUGCGCCAUCUGGAGUUCAAGUGCCGAAACAUCCUGCGAGCGCAGAAGAUGCAGCAGCUGAGGGAGCGCUGCCUGAAGGCCUGGAUGAUGGAGGAGGAGACGGUGGUGGCGCGGCCAGGACCUCAGGAAGCAGGUUUGGAAAACGAGGACGAGGACGAUAACGACCCUCAUCGCCACGAGCUGUCGGCAAUCAAUGAGCUGCCGGAGCGCGAGCGGUCCGACGACAAGGACAGCACCAGCGCCUACAACACUGGCGGGGAGAGCUGCCGCAGCACGCCGCUGGUCAGCACCGAGCAGAUCCCGCCGCUCCAGGAGGAGGAGGACGAGGGCGGGAGGCGUCUGAUGUCUCCGCCCCCUCUGCUCCCCCUCGGCCGUCUCCCUCCUCUCAACUCCCCCCUUGCCCCGCGGCGCCACGGCCGGGAGCGGGACAGAGAGCGGCGCCACUCCAACCUCGGCUGCUCCUUCUCCCCCGGCAGCUACAGGAAGUACGAGGCCGCCAAUGGGGGCACGGCCCACGGGUCCAGGUCCACGCCCUCCACACCCUCCAAGUUCAGGUCCCUGAGCCGAGAGGCGGGGUCUUCUUCCAGAAGAGGCGUGGCUGAUGGAGGGCGGGGCUCCAGAUCAGGUGGCGCUGCUGACAGGCCCGGAGGUGGAAGUGCAGAGUCCAGUCCCUACUUCACCCGGCGACACCACGGCAACAACAAACCUCCGGAGCGCUACCAGAGCUGCAUGACGCUGCCCUCUGAGGGCCUGGUGGACCCGCUGGACCGCGUCAGGGACCGGGCGAAGGCCGAGGCCGAGGAGAGGGGCGUGGGCACAGGCAGCAGCGGCCCGGCCAGCCCCCGGAGUGUGAACAGCGCCCCCUGUGGCCUGGAGGACCACCACACGCGCGCCUCGCGGUUAGGACUGGCCUUACCGCUCGGACUGUCACACUCGUCACCGACGGCCUCGCCGCAGCGCAUGGAGUGGAAGGUGAAGAUUCGGAGCGACGGGACUCGAUACGUGGCCAAGCGUCCGGUCAGGGACCGGCUGCUGAAGGCCCGAGCCAUGAAGAUCAGAGAGGAGCGCAGCGGCAUGACCACCGACGACGACGCUGCCAGCGAGAUGAAACAGGGCCGAUACUGGAGCAAAGAGGAGAGGAAGCAGCAGCUGCUGAGAGCCAGAGAGUACCGACGCAGGAGAGAGUUCAUGAUGCAGAGCCGCCUGGACUACCUCAGAGGGGACAGGGACACGUCCUCAACAGGCGGCGCUGAGGAGCUGCGGGCGUCCCUGCUUCAGCCCAGCAACAACAUCCUGCUGCUGAGCCAGAAGAAGAUCACCAAGAGGAGGAACCGCCGCAUCCUCGACAACUGGAUCACCAUCCAGGAGCUGCUGGCUCACGGCUCCAGGUCGCCCGACGGGAAGAAGAUCUACAACCCUCUGCUGUCAGUGACAACGGUGUGACCUGAAGACAGACGGGGACAAAACAAGACGAGACCUUCGGCUGUCUCUGAGCUGGAUGGAGGAGAGAGAAGAAGACUUGACAAGGGAGAGAAAACAUUUAGAAUUGUUCCAUUUUACAGUCCAAUACAAGAAAGAGGAGGAGGAAAAGGAAAAGUGACUCUGAAAGGUUGGGCAAGCAGCAGAAGACUUAAAAGAAUUCAGGAAUAAUCCCUAAAAACUGCAUUUUCACCUGAAGAGUCCAGUUUUAAAGAUCAGAUCCUGAUUGAGACAUGAAGAGAACCUGGUCCUGAUGUAAAAGUUCUGCUUCAGGAGAGACUCUUCUGUUUGUUCACCUGCUGCAGCUGCACAUAAAGUCCAAAGGAAAGACACAGAGAGAUGCAAAACAUAUAUGUGUGAGCGUUUAUGAACUCUGGAGAGAGAGAGAUGAUGAGCUCUCUGUCCUUCUGCUCCUCCACAUCACCUGCAGCUGAUAGAUAGAAUUAAAAACCUUUAAGUUUUCGUAUUUUUUAAAAAAAGAAAUGUUUUAGAGGAUUCAGAGAGAUUUUGUGUGUUUAUUCUCCAGGGACAAUGAAUGUACAGAUAUUUAUGGUGCAGAAUCACUUUGACAAAAUCAACCUGAGAUCACAAAAUUACGUGAAAUGACCACGACUUCUUAACACCCACGUACGGUUCACUGCUGGAAAAAAGCUGCAGUUUCUUUGAAUUUAUGCUACAAAAGUAGUGAGCUAGGUUCAGGGCAGAAACCUUCCUGGUUCGGCUCUAAAAGACAGUUUAAAGAGGAAAUAAAUGAUGUAAAUGCUGGUGAGUGAAGUAGUUAGGAGGAUGAUGUGAGACACAGAAGUUAUAAAACAGCUCCAGGGAUCCUGGUUCAGAAGUCAUCAAGUGACGAUAUUUUGUGAGAUCAGACAGGACAAAAUAGUCGUAAAGUACGGAAAGGGAAAGUCCACUCUGUAAUAUGUGGCUGUCAGAUCUCAGUGAUCUGAAGAUUUGUUUUCACUCCUUGUCUGCUUUUUGUUAUUAAUCAUGAACGCUGAGAUUGCAUUCUAUUUUCACUAUUUGUCUCUUAUUUGGACAGAAGAGGAUCAGGACAAGGCAGGAGAACAAAAUCAUGAGAGGAUGGGGAAAUAAAUUAAUUAUGCACUUCGAGAAAAAAGUCAAAUGAGGAGAAUAAAGUCAGUUUAUGAGUUGGUGAAAUCAACUGCGAACUAAACCCGAUUCUCCUCAAUAUUUGUCUAAAAUAUUCACAUAAAUGACAUCAAAGCAGAUUAUUAUAAAACAAUAGUUGUAGCAGCUUCAACCAAAAAAUAUCUCAUUAUUGUGUCUCUGAUUUUAGUUCUGCUGCACCUUAAAUAUUGAGGUUAUUGCUCAUUUUCUGACAUAAUGAGAAUCAGGUUGUAGCUGCAGAAACUGUUGAUAGGAACAAAGUUCCUCUGAUGACUGAUUGAACCUGUGAACAUGUUGAGCAACACAGAAAGUCACUUUAUUCUCCUCAUUUCAACUUUAUUCUUGAACUGCAGAAUGAUUUUUUCCUCCUAUUUGGCCCUGAUCCUCUUCGGUGUAUUUCAGAAUUAAUCACUUUAGUGUUUUUAACCCUGAAUACAGUGAAUUUUAAAUUAUUUAUAAUAAGACGACUACAUGUUUUGUUGGGCUCAGAGGGCUGGUGGUGUCAGACCUGUGUAAGAUCAGAUAUUAAUACUGAGUAAUGAAAUGCAUGAAUUAAGUAUUGAACGUUGUGGAUUAUUGGACAUAAUUCUUAAAUCUAAAGUGGUGUAGUGUACAAAGACUUGUGCAGACAUAUUUAGUAGUGAAAGUGCAAAAAAAGUAAAUUCCAUUAAAAUUAAGUGAAAUAA